AUGACUAAGCAAUCAUUUAGCCGACCUGCGGCAUCCCAGCUACACACAAAUGUAGACGGAGUGAGGCGGCAAGCAGCCACCCCGAAGACAAGCAAGGCGGGCGGCGACUAUGCCAUCAUCGACCACACAUACGACGCAGUGGUUGUCGGAGCCGGUGGAGCGGGUCUGCGCGCUGGAUUCGGCCUCGCAUCCGAGGGCUACAAGACGGCGAUCAUCACCAAGCUGUUCCCCACGCGUUCGCACACGGUCGCCGCGCAGGGAGGAAUCAAUGCAGCACUGGGAAACAUGGAACCAGAUAAUUGGCGAUGGCACAUGUAUGACACCGUAAAAGGAUCUGACUGGCUGGGUGACCAGAACGCUAUCCACUACAUGUGUGAAGAAGCUCCAAAGGCUGUCAUUGAGGUAUGA